UACAAUAAAUAUCGCUAAGACUUCCUGGCCGAUUCAGAGCACUAGACCACGGAGUGUUCACGAGUACCAUGUCUGCCGCCGAGUGGAAGAAGAAGUGUGAGUCUGAGUGGGGUCUGCAGGGCGCGCCGAUGCCCGACUGCUUGGACUGGAAGUCCGUGUAUGAGUCCAGGCCGCUGGGAAGAAAUUUGCUGAAGAACCCUAUGCCUUACGGACUGAGUAAGGAUAACCCCCCACCUGAGCCUGAGCUGCCUGAGUUUCCCUCACAUGGACCUCCUCGUUUUGAGCCCGAUGGUGACUUCACUAGUUGGACCACAAACAUUGAAGUGCUGCCCUAUGAUACCAGUGGCAUCCCGGAAGGUGUUGUUGUGUGUGCUUUACCCCAGUACAGCUGGUUCACCACGGAGCAGGUGGUGGACCUGAUUGCGGAGGGACUGUGGGACAAGCUGCUGGAUGAAUUUCAGCCUGAAAUAGUCGUCCAGGACUGGUAUGAGGAGUCUCAGCUGCACGAGUCCAUCUACCAGCUGCAUGUAAAGUUACUAGGUGCAGACAAAAGCAAGGUGAUCGCAGAGCACACUGUGAGCCCCAAAGAGGACUGCAGCAUUCACUCACACAAAUGGAAGGAGGUGUCGCAUGUGUUCUCUGGCUACGGACCUGGGGUGAGAUACGUUCACUUUCAGCACCGGGUGAAGAACAGUUUCUUGAACGGCUUCUUCCCCACAAAGUUCUCCGGCAGCUCAGUGGUUGUUAAAGCCGUCAAAACCAGCCCAUAGUCUGAAAUCAUCCUGGAAAUUGUUGGGCAGGUGUUCAGUAGUUGCUACUGCACUCAAUCAUGCCAGUGUGAUUAUUAGAAAUUAAACUGGUUGUUGAAGGUUGAAGGAUAUAACAGCUGAUGCAAUCAUCGAUCUUUAUGAAUGAAUUUGGAGUUAUUUUUUAAAAUAAAUGAUGGGAAUGAA